AUGACACUGUGCUUUGUGUUUCCACCAGCCAACGUGCUGACGGCUGCGAUACUACACCGCGGAAAGUGCGGUCUCUCCCGAGGAAUCACCCGUUACAUGGUGGCUAUGGCGAUCUCCGACUUGUUCGUGAUCUUCUUUCACGUGCUGCUCCGAGGGAUCUACAUCUACUAUUCCCCUAACUCCUUCCUGUCCCUCAGCACAGUGUGCCCGACCUUUGUAUAUCUACGGAUUGUCGUCCUGGACUAUUCCGUCUGGUUAACUGUCUCUUUCACCUUUGACCGUUUUGUCAGCAUUUGCUGUCCGAAACUGAGACUCCGAUAUUGCACGGACAGGACGGCCGCCAUGGUUAUUGUGUCCUUAUGCGCGCUGAGCUGCUUAAAGUACAUACCCUUUCACUUCCUCUAUAAGCCUCUCUUGAGGAUAAAUAAUGUGAACUGGGGUUGCCAUACUAGAGCCGACUACUUUACAUCCGUCUGGUGGGUGGCAUUUUCCUGGAUGUGUAACACAUCUCUCUCUUUACUUCCUUUCGCUCUGAUCCUGCUCCUAAACGGACUGACCGUCAGGAACAUCAUAGCGGCCGGCAGGGUCCGACGGCGCAUCAAGGGAGGAGGCUGUAAGGACAUUGAAACGGAGAAUCGGCGCAAGUCCAUUGUCUUACUCUUCACCGUUUCCGGGACUGCCAUAAUCCUCUGGACAACAGGAGCUGUGACUUUCAUCUGUACUCGAGUCACAAUCAAUUUUGUGGGUAAGGAUCUCACAAGCCCGUCAGCCGUCGCCAAUGAGGUUGGGGUCUUGCUCAUUGGAAUCAGCUCAUGUGCCAAUACGUGCAUCUACGCAAUGACCCAAAGCAAGUUCAGACAGGAGUUGAAGAGCGGAAUUAAAAGUCUAAUGCCAUGUAUUAUCAAACCCAUGAAACUAGCUCGGGAAUGUGCCUAG